AUGCCAGACCGAUCUCACAGAAGGCGUCUUAUUUUGUGCCUGGAUGGCACUUGGAUGAAUAGUGAUAAAGGCGAUACCCAGAAUUCCGGAUCUCGGUAUGAAACGCUCGCCCCUCAGACGAAUGUGACGCGCAUGUACCGUGCUCUGCAGAAGAGAGGGCCGAACGGGGAGAGCCAGAUUAUGUAUUACCAGCCCGGAGUUGGGAGUACAGGAGGCGUGGCAGACUCUAUUUCUGGCGGACUAUUUGGCGACGGUGUCGGGGAGAAUAUCAGAGAGGCAUACAGCUUCAUUGCGACGAAUUAUGAGACUGACGAUGAGAUUAUUUUGAUUGGCUUUUCUCGGGGUGCAUUCACAGCUCGAGGCGUGGCGGCAUUGAUUGACGCCGUUGGUCUACUCAAUUCCGAAGGUUUGAAUAUGCUGUAUCCCAUCUUCAAGGAUGUGGAAAAUAUGCAUAAUCCAGACUACAAGGACAAAUUCCCCUACACGCCUUUUCCGAAUAAGUUUCGUCGACCAGAUGCCGCAGCGGACUACAAGCAAAGAUUGUUUGAGCUCACCAGAGUCUCUAACGAAAGGGGUCCUAUAACUGUCCGUUGUGUUGCAGUUUGGGAGACCGUUGGAAGUUUAGCCUUGGACGAAGACCGCACGUCUUUUGCUCCGGCCGUCUGGGAGCGACCAAAUGACGUCCGGACUGAUCUUCGACAGGUCUGGUUUUGUGGUGCACACUCAAACGUCGGCGGCGGGCUUCCCGAUCAAGAGCUAGCUAAUGUCAGCAUGGCUUGGAUGAUGGACCAAUUAACGUCUAUCGGCGUCAGUUUUUACGAUAACGCCAUCGCGAUUAUGUGGGAGAAGAAUAUGCGGUACUUCUUCAAGCAUCCAGACGGAUCACAGCCAUCGAAAAAAGAGCGUGAUCACCACUAUUUACGUUGGGCGCAUAGGCGAGUUUACGAUGAGCAUUAUCCCGUUCGACCUUGGGCUUUGGGUGAAAUUGUACAACCUGAUAUUGGAGUCUAUCGUCUGGCUGGAAAAACAACCCGUACACCUGGUCAAUACCAUCGCGUUGAUCCGAAGACUGGUCUACCAACUCCGUACUUCUUGAAAAAUACGAAUGAGAGAGUGCACAGCAGUGUGAGGGUGCGCCUCGACCUUGGUGGACUUGGGUACGACGACGAGGAAAUUUACAAAUGCAGGGCCUUAUUGAAAAAGGGUCCUUGGGAGCCUUGUCUCGUUCGUACAGUUAUCAGUUUCAGUCGUGAAAACCAUCACUCACAUCGGGAAGAGACUGAGACUGAUAGCCUCGAAGUCGAGAGAUGGGGCUGGGCUUACAGAGGACCUAAGGAGAAUGCCCCGCCUCAAGAGGUCAUGAUGGAGGAGCCUAUGGGCCCAUGGGAGAACCGGUUACUGAGCAUGAGCAAAGGUCUGUAA